GCCGGGUAGAAGUGACACGUCCCGUGGAGGAGACGGAGCCACGCAGACGGGCGGGGGUCGGUCGCGUCACCACAGACGGUCAACUCUCGCCGCACAGGCGCUCUCAGUCGGUGCUAUCGAUCGCUUGCUCCGGACGUAGCCAUGAUGAAGAAAUUCGACAAGAAGGACGAGGAGUCCGGUGGUGGCUCCAACCCGUUUCAAAAUCUGGAAAAAAGUGCUGUCCUUCAAGAGACUCGGCUUUUCAAUGAAACUCCAAUCAACCCAAGGAAAUGUCUUCACAUUCUCACCAAGGUGGUUUACCUCAUCAACCGGGGAGAGCACCUGGGAACCACUGAAGCGACAGAGGCGUUCUUCGCCAUGACCAAGCUCUUCCAGUCCAAUGACCCAACACUAAGAAGGAUGUGCUACCUCACUAUUAAAGAGAUGGCCAACAUUUCGGAGGACGUCAUAAUCGUGACCAGCAGUUUGACUAAAGAUAUGACUGGUAAAGAAGACCUCUACAGAGGGCCGGCCAUCCGCGCGCUUUGCAAGAUCACUGACACAACCAUGCUGCAAGGGAUUGAACGGUACAUGAAACAGGCCAUUGUGGACAAGGUACCAAGUGUAUCCAGCUCUGCGCUGGUGUCAUCGCUGCACCUGAUGAAGGGCAGCUUCGACGUGGUGAAGCGCUGGGUGAAUGAAGCGCAGGAGGCGGCAUCGAGCGACAACGUCAUGGUGCAGUAUCACGCGCUCGGUCUCCUCUACCACAUCCGCCGCAAUGACCCCAACGCCGUUUCCAAGAUGGUCGCCAAGUUCACCAAGCAGGGCAUGAAGUCCCCCUUCGCCUACUGCCUGCUCAUCCGCAUCGCCAGCAAGCUGCUGGAGGAGGAGGAUGGCGGGCAUGACAGCCCUCUCUUCGACUUCAUCGAAGGCUGCCUGCGGAACAAGCACGAGAUGGUCGUGUAUGAAGCAGCUUCGGCCAUCGUGCACCUGCCCAAGUGCACGGCCAAGGAGCUGGCUCCAGCUGUCUCCGUGCUGCAGCUGUUCUGCAGCUCCCCGAAGCCGGCGCUGCGCUACGCAGCUGUGCGCACGCUCAAUAAGGUCGCCAUGAAGCACCCGUCAGCAGUGACCGCGUGUAACCUGGACCUGGAGAACCUAAUCACGGACUCAAACCGCAGCAUCGCCACGCUGGCCAUCACCACGCUGCUGAAGACCGGCAGCGAGAGUAGCAUUGAUCGCCUAAUGAAGCAGAUCUCUUUUAUGUCCGAGAUCUCCGAUGAAUUCAAGGUAGUGGUGGUUCAGGCUAUCAGCGCCCUCUGCCAGAAAUACCCACGCAAACACUCCGUCAUGAUGAACUUCCUCUCGUCCAUGCUGCGGGAUGAGGGCGGGUUUGAGUACAAGCGGGCAAUCGUGGACUGCAUCAUCAGCAUCAUUGAGGAGGGCGUGGAGAGCAAGGAGACGGGCCUGUCACACCUCUGCGAGUUCAUCGAGGAUUGCGAGCACACGGUUCUGGCCACGCGCAUCCUGCACCUGCUGGGCCGCGAGGGCCCGCGCACCGCCACGCCCUCCAAGUACAUCCGCUUCAUCUACAACCGCGUCAUCCUGGAGAACGAGGCUGUCCGCGCCGCUGCCGUCAGUGCCCUUGCAAAGUUUGGUGCUCAGAAUGAUGACCUGCUGCCCAGCAUUCUCGUUCUUCUGCAGAGGUGCAUGAUGGACGGUGAUGAUGAGGUCCGAGAUCGCUCCACCUUCUACCUCAACAUCCUCCAGCAGAAACAAAAGGCCCUCAACGCUGUCUACAUCCUCAACGGUCUUGCCGUGUCCGUGCCCGGUCUGGAGAAGGCUCUGCACCAGUACACGCUGGAGCCGUCGGAAAAGCCUUUCGACAUGAAGUCGGUGCCUUUGGCGACUGCCCCACUGGCCGAACAGAGAACAACCGAAACGGGUCCGAUCAUCACACACAAGCAGCCUGAUAAGGUGGUGGCCUCUCGCCAAGAGAUCUUUCAAGAGCAACUUUCCGCCAUCCCCGAGUUCAAGAACCUGGGCCCAUUGUUCAAGUCAUCGCCACCGACGCAGCUCACAGAGUCGGAGACGGAGUACGUGGUGCGCUGCAUCAAGCACACUUUCCGCAAGCACAUUGUCUUUCAGUUCGACUGCACGAACACGCUCAACGACCAGGUUCUGGAGAAGGUGACCGUGCAAAUGGAGCCCUCGGAGGGUUACGAAGUCCUGACGUGCAUCCCGGCCACCAGCCUGCCCUACAACCAGCCCGGCACCACAUACACGCUCGUCGGCCUGCCGCAAGACGACCCCGCCGCCGUUGCGUGCACGUUCAGCUGCACCAUGAAGUUCAUGGUGAAAGACUGCGACCCCAACACUGGUGUGGCUGAAGAAGAUGGUUACGAUGACGAGUAUGUGCUGGAGGACGUGGAGGUGGUGUUGGGUGACCACAUCCAGAAGGUGCUCAAGCCCAACUUCUCAGCGGCGUGGGACGAGGUGGGCGAAGAGUUCGAGAAGGAGGACACCUUUGCGCUCACCGCCACCAAGACCAUCGAAGAGACCGUGAAGAACAUUGUGAGCUUCCUGGGCAUGCAGCCUUGUGAGCGUUCCGAGAAGGUGCCGGAGAACAAAAGCUCACACACGCUCUACUUGGCAGGUGUGUACCGCGGCGGACACGACGUGCUGGUGCGAGCUCGGCUGGCCUUGGCGGACGGCGUUACCAUGCAGGUGACCGUGCGCAGCCAGGAUGCGGUGGUCAGCGACGUCAUCAUCUCAUCCGUGGGUUAGGGGUGGUCACUCAAACCUGCCUAGCGCCCCCCACCUCCUCCCACACCCAUCUGCAACCACACUCCUCUCCCCCAGCUCCCAACCUAUUGCAUCAUCAGACGAAGAACACCAACAAGAUUCAAGCCGUGAGACCAUAGGGUAGUGUUUGCAAUUUGUCAGAGGGACGUUCUGUUGAAGCCUCCAAAUUUUCUUAGCCCAUACUUCCAAAGCAAUGCCACAUCGUGUCAUCAUGUACAUUACUUUUCUGAAAUUGUUUAUAAAAGAGAAAUUAAAUACCUGUGUCAGCGAUCUGUACCCCAGCCUCCUUUUAUCCACUCUUAAGAAUGCUGACAGCUUGUGUGGAGCAGAAGUUUUGCUAUCAUGAGCUACUGUGGAAACUAGGCGUGGGCUACGGUGUAGUGUGGUAUUGAUGGAGUUCGUUGUUGAUGUUCAGACAGGCCCAUGCAGUCCAUAUCCGAUUCACAAGGUAAGCUAGCACGGCCUGGCAUUCGUAUUUAGUCUAAAUUGUUGAGGCCGUUGGCUUUUAAUAAGGGAUGAUGUGUAUCACUUGAAGAGUUUUGUGACUGUUCCCCGCAGCAGCCUAUUUUCAUUUUAUUUCUUGCUUUUGGUCAAGCUUUAUCCUUGCAGUUGUCACGAACAUGAUACGUCAUUGCCGCAUGAGGAACACCAGAACUGAGUUCCAAGGUUUGCUGGGGUCACGAUAACCUCGUUUUCCACAUUCGCCGGAGUAUUUACCACAUCCACCGUUGUCGUUCUUCUAUUUCCACAAACUGGAUUAUUGCCUUAAAUAUUUCACACUUAAACAGAAAUAAAGUCGACAUGAAAAGAGUA